AUGUGCGGAACGAACACUGAUCUGGAAAAUAAAGGUGUGUUGUGAUAAGGUGGUGGAAGUGUCAACCAGUUAGGAGGAAUGUUUCUCAACGGAAGACCUCUCCCACAACCCAAGAGACGAAAAAUGAUUCAGCUGGCCUUGGAGGGAGUCCGUCCAAGCCAGAUCUCCAGGAUACUCAGGGUGUCCAACGGGUGCGUCAGUAAGAUCCUGAGCCGCUACCGGCGCACAGGACUCCUGGAACCCAAGACCAUCGGUGGGAGCCGCCCCCGACUUCUCACCCCCGGUGUCAUCUCCACGAUCAUCCAGUGCAAAAGGGAAAAUCCGACUAUUUUUGCUUGGGAAAUCCGAAAACGUCUCGCAGCGGCGCGGAUAUGCAAGGCCCCCAACGUCCCCAGCGUGUCGUCCAUAAAUAGGAUUUUAAGAAAGAUCCACUUGGACCGCGGACCAUCGUGGAUGGACCUCAACGCUGAUGUCAGGGUUGAGCAGGAUUUGUAUUCUCUGGCUCAAGAAGAAGCAAAGAAGUUUGAGAAGUUUGAGACAGAGUGCAGUAAAAAACAGAAAUCCAAAGGUGUGCAGCACAGAAUCCGCACCACCUUUACGCCAGAGCAGAGCAGAGCACUUGAGCAAGAAUUCUCUCGCAGCCAGUAUGCUGACAUGUACACAAGAGAGAAGCUAUCUGCUGAAAUUAAACUUCCCGAGGACACCAUCAAGGUCUGGUUUUCUAACAGACGUGCUAAAUGGAGGAGAGAAGCCAAGCAGAGAGGUAGUACGCAGACUGAAGACUUUGAAAAGCAAAGUGACUUUGUUCCUGUGAAUCCAACAAUGACACACAGCUUCACAUCUCAACAGGCUACUGGAAUGGCAAAAGUCAAUCCGGACAGCUCUUCAUACAGCACUGUUGCAAGGAAGCUGCAAAAUUGCUGCUUCUUCCCAACAGAAACAGCCGUGAGGAAUUCUGAAUGUCCAACAUCCUCAUUUCCCCAUCUGCCGAGUGACAUACAAAACAUAGACAAAACUCCUCUGGAUCUCCACAGAGAUGGAUACAGUUUUCCACUGGUUCCCCACCACACAGACAUGAGGAGAACCUGCCCUUUGGCAACAAAGACAGGGGGGCCAGACUGCUCUGUGAUUCAACAGUGGAACCAGCAGGGAAUGCCGUUUACCUGGAGUCAGUUUCAAACAAAUGAUCAGUUUCUGUUGGUCCCGGAUGUGAAUCCGCAUCUCUACAUGGACUGAUAAUGAGACCAGUGGAUCAGCGGCAAGAGCUUUUGACUGCUGCUUAAUUGCUCGACUGAAGGGACACUUUUCAACCAGUAGAGGGAGACAAAGUAUG